UGUACAAACAUUUGUUUUUUUUUUUUUUUUUUAAUUAAAAACAAACAUUUGUUCAUUAUAACAAACAUUGACUUCAAAAAAAAACUUGAAGAUAGAGCUAAGUACUGUAUAUAGCUAUGGGAUUUUUUUUGUUGUCUCUGCACGAUUUUGUUUAAGUCGUCUUAAUAAGAUUUUGUUUGAGUAAUUUUAUGUGUUGAUUACUGAUCGUUGGUUAUUGUAGAUAGGUCUAUAUUAAUACACUACUUUAUGUUUGUCCCUAAAAUGGCAUGUCUCGACAUAUUAAUUUACUUCAAUUGUCUUACUUAACUAUUAUAAAUAGAGGACCCUUAUGGCCUUCUCCAUAUUCACCACAACACCUCCAAAUUAAACAUUUCUUUCCAACCCCCAAAAGAAGUCUCACUUAGGGUUGUUUUCAUCGAAGAGAUGACGCAGGGGAGAUAUUGUGAGUCUUGCGGAUGGUUCCACGAGCACACUCAAACAUGCUUAUUUGUCCACAAUGGAAACGGCUGUUCGAACACACAAACCGCUGUUGUUGACUGCACUCUCUCUUUGGGACCUCCGUCCACUACAACUACAAGAUUAUCUGAGAGAGACAAGAAGAAGAUGCGACAGUCCAGUACUUCUUCUCGUGUCUCCAGUUUCACGGACACCGAUAAGAACACCUCCAAAACUUCGACGUAUAGCGUCCUUCCUUCUUCCAACCGCCGUAUUUCUGGUGGCGGCGAUACUCUACUUGAUCGUCGCUGUACCAACUGUGAUACAACGUCUACGCCCCUAUGGAGGAAUGGUCCUCGAGGUCCCAAGUCGUUAUGCAAUGCGUGUGGAAUUCGUUUCAAGAAAGAAGAGAGGAGAACGAUGGAUACGACGAGGAUGACAGCUAGCAGCACCGUCGCGCAAGAUCUACACGGACACCAUCCUUCCAGUUAUAGUAACCACAACAAUGCUACUGAUCAGAGCGGAUCGUCAACGUGCAAUUUCGUAGCCAGCGAGAUCAUGUUAAACCAUGACUACGGCGGUGCUGGAGAGUAUUACCGGCGGAACCCCGUAGAUGGAGUUAACGGCCUACCUUCCCACUCGUGGAGAUGUAGAGGAUACGGCAAUGAGUCUUGAUGUUGAUGUUGAUGUUGAUGUUGAUGUUAAAAUAUCGACGCUUUUAUCUUAAUUCGUAACAUUAUGUAUUUUUUUUUUUUUUGAAAAAAGGCUGAUUUAGUUUUUCGUCAAGGAAAGUUUAAAAUAUCUCAUUCUUUCUACGCUGCAGCGUAUAGUAAUAUGACGCAGCAGACCAACAUUAUGUAUUUUUCACUCGUUCAAAUAUUUGUUUAAACUGUAGUAACAAAUGAUACUAAAAUCGUCAACGAUCGAGCAUGUCAAGGAUUUUACAGUGUUAUUUUAUUUUGCAUGGUACCAACAAACCGCAUUUAUGUUAUUAAGUAAAUAAAUACACGAAUUCCGAAUAUUAUUGAAAUGAGCAUGAAUUAUAGAUAAAUAUUCAAAAAUUUAGGAGCUGCACAUAACAAACUUGGAGAUAAAAAAAACAUAUAUAGGAGUAAACGAUUUCCAAGUGCAUUGUUUUCCAUUCACACAGAGAAGUUUUAGGUUCACCUGAGUCGCUGAAAAUGUGUUAUGUAGAGAAAGACCUGAAAUCAGAUGAUCGGGCCAAUGUACGUAGAUUUACAAUGUCUGAACUGUGUGGGUGCAGAUACAUGGCCAUUGUAGUGAAUUCAUUUUCUUUCUUCUUCUUCUCGUAAGUAACUUGACCGUUGUUUUGUCAGUUUCUUCCAUUUGACCUGUUGUUUGAGUCAAUUUGCGCUACGGAGAAUAAUGUUUGCAUUAUAUAUGGUUCAUAAUUUUCCUGAGAACGAACCAUUAUGUACUACUACUACUACUAUGCACCAACUCCCCCAAGGCUUUUGUCUACCUUUAUUUAUUUUUCGGUCAGAAAUUUUUGUCUUGGAAUGCUUUUUGUUUUUGUCUUUAAGGCGAUUUAGAAUGCAUUUUAUAUUUUGGGAGAUUUUGUUUUAAAAAGCCCCACACUGAUUUUAAUGUGAAAGCUCUCACCAUAGCAACACUUGAAUGGUGGUAGCUGGUUGAACAAAAGGAAAAGCGAAUAAGGAUAUAUGGGCCGAAUCAUAAUACUUGAGGCCCAAAAUCUAGGCCUAUGAUUAAAGCAAAACUCUCUCUUUGGGUGAGAGGUAUACGCUGGAUACUUAAUUCUCAGCAGAUUGAUCUGACUGGUAUUGAAGAUGAGAGAUGUCAUUGAAGAUGAGGAAGCUGGAGAUGGAGACCAAGUAUUGAUUGUCCUUAAGCAUUGUGAUAUGCUAUUUACUUCAUUUCUCGUUAGUGAAAUUGUACACGAGAUCUGACUGACGAAUCGAAUUCGUCUUACAUUAAGGCAAUGAAAACCUCUCU